AUGAAGCAUAAAAAUCAAAACAGCAGCCUCAAUUGUCCAGCAACUGUCCAGCAACUAACCCAAACAGCAGCCUCACAUUACCAAAAACAACUGUCCAGCAACCUCAUUUGCAUCAUUAGCCUUGUAAUGGCUUCAGAUAAUGACGAUGAGCUACAGGGGGCUUGGUAUUUUGGAUCAAAUGCAUACGAUUCACAGUCAAGCUCCAGUUCUGACGAGGAACCACAAGAAAUGGAUGCACAACAAAUAGAACAGCAAGGUCAACGUAAAACAAGGCUUACGAACGAGUUGAGGCAUCUUAUUUUACAUGAAAUGUUGUCACUUAAAGUAAGUGACUCACUCCCACAUGGUACAUUCGUACGAAUAGCAAACAAAUACGGUUACAAACCAAGAGCAAUUCAAAACUUAUGGAAACGUGCAAUUGAAAACAAAGAAGAAAACAAGCCUUAUGUUGUCGAUUCAAAGUACAAGAAUUGUGGAAGAAAAAGAGUUCAAGUGCCACCAAACGUACUUGAAUCAAAACCAAUGGGUGAACGUACAUGCAUAAGAGAUGUUGCAACAUGCUUAGACUUGGCACCAACAACGGUUUGGCGAUUGAUACGAAGGGGGGAGAUUAAGGCACAUUCAAAUCCAUUACACCCUUAUUUAACGGAUGCAAACAAGGCAAGAAGGGUUGAGUGGAUUUUAAGUCUCAUUCAAGAAGAUACAAUUCAUCAUCAUCCAAUGUAUAAAGGUAUGUAUGACUUUAUACAUAUUGAUGAAAAAUGGUUUUACUUAACCCAGAAGACACAAAGAGUUUAUCUAGCACACAAAGAAAAAAUUCCAUAUAGGGCGGGAAAGUCAUCAAAAUUCAUUCCAAAAGCCAUGUUUUUAGGGGCGGUUGCAAGGCCUAGAUGGAAUCAAUAUGGCCAAAGCACAUUUGAUGGGAAAAUCGGAAUUUUCCCUUUCCCAAGUGAUGGUCCAUCCAUAAUUUUCAUCCAACAAGAUAAUGCAAGGGUUCACAUAACAAAUGAUGAUCCAAUUUGGCAACAAAACAACAGGCAAGGGGGCUUUACAUUCAUUCUAACUCAACAACCACCAAAUAGUCACGAUUGUAAUAUUCUAGAUUUGGGUUUUUUUAGGAGCAUACAAUCACUUAUGCAUAAGAAAAUGCCAAAGAACAUGAAUGAGUUAAUAAAAGCAGUGGAAGAUGCAUUCGAAGAGUUACAUCCAAAGACUUUAACCAAUGUUUGGAUUUCAUUACAACACAACUUAAAUGAAAUCCUAAAGGUUAAAGGGUCUAAUGACUAUGUUCAGCCACACCUAGGGAAGAAAGUUCAAGAAGACAAUGGAAGGUUACGAAUACAAGUGCGAGUACCAUCACAAUUGGUUAGGGAAUGUGUACGUUUCCUCAACCCAAGCACAAAUCAGCAAGGCACACAAACAGUAAAUGAAGAUGCUGCACAACAUAAUCAACAAAUACUUGAAGCAUAUGAUGAAGCAGUGGAAGAAUCUCAAAGAUGA